AUGUAUAGUCUGGGAAAACCCACUGAGAUCGGUCGAAUGAUGCUUUACCGACUGGAGAUCAUAGAUGUUAUCGCCGUCAUGUUGCCGUUAUACUUCUUUUGUCGUCGUCUCUUUGUCGAAGUUGCGUCCCAGCUCUAUUGGCAUCGUCGCUUCCCAUCCCCAUCGAAGGCAAGGAUGCUUCCGGGGACUAGACACCUGUUGCUACUAUUAACCGCCAAGGAAUCACGCUGUCGCUGCCCUGACGACCACCCCCCCGAUUCUUGUUCAAGGUCGUUGCCACCGUCGGCAGUGGCUGUGUUCUUUUCCUUUCCCAAAUUCUCGUCGAUCUCUACUCGCUUUCCAUUAAUUCGUAAGAAUACUUGGAUGAACUGGUGUGUUGGAACGACCCUACUACCCAAUUUCAACAAGGUACGUAUCUUCCAGCCAUUUCCUGUAGUUUACUUUCAAUAUGAGCUUGUAGGUGGAGAUAUUGGACAAGUUUUCUUCCACCCCAUAUUGAAACUAAACUGCCUUCUCGAGGCCAUUAAGACUAUUGGAAGUAAUCUUGGAAGUUUUGGGGAUUUGAAUCUGUUAAAAAUCAUUGGUGAAUGUUCCCACAUGAUUUAUGUGCCAAAUAGUUUGUCCAUUACAUCCCUACUUGGUCUAACCACCAUAACAUUUGGAGGGAUGCUAAUGUACCAUGAAGAACAUGUCAUUAGUACCAUACAUAAUGAGAAGAGAUGUUUAUGGAGUUUUCCCUUUUAACCAAGCUACAUAGGAGGAAGGAUACAACCGAAUUAGCUAGCUUAGUUCAAUAGCAUUAUGUUUUGAGUACUAGCAUAACAUUUAGACUUAUUAAUUUUUUUUUGAAGACAUUUGUGCUGUAAAUAUUGAGAAUAUUGUUGUUAGACAAGUUUGAAUUGAAGUAACG